AUGGACGGCUCAUACCAGAACCCUUACAUCAGGGCCAACAGCCCCCUGAGCCCCAACCUCCCCGCAGCAGACACAUCUGUGUACCGAGCCAAUAUCAACAGAACAAAGACGAGGAAAUGGGUCGAGGCCAAAGCCCCAAAUUAUGACGGAGAUGAUUGGGGUGGCGACGACUUUGGCGACGACUUUGGCGACGAGCCGGCGCCCAUGCCCGUAGCCCCGCUGAGAGUCGGCGGUCCUUACCAGCCUCCUCCCGCACUUCCAUCCAGUGUGUCGGCAUCAGCAUCAGCGCCGGCAUCGGCAUCAUCGCCAGCUCUCCCGUCGUCUCAGCAGCCGACCGAGCCGUUACCGCGUCGACAGAUACCGGUUGAGCAACAAAAGAUGGAUUCUGUCUUUGCGAGUGGCACGGAGUCUCAAUCGACUGACAACCGUGUCGAACCUCCAGUUUCUGUUGCUUCGCAUAAUGGGGCCAGGGACCCGACAGCACAACUCAACGAACCCCAAGCCGAUCCAUACGAUCCUGUGAACGAAGCACGGGAAUCGCCCCACCAGACGGAACACCAGGUUGCGGGAAGACUGCUUCAAGCUCUAGUGCAGAUCCUAGUGCGGCUCCUAAAAUCCCCGAUGUUUCGCCAGACGGCGCCACCCACCGAAUGA